ACACGAAAACAACUGUUUUAUUUUCUUAAUAACAAUUUUAUCACACAACUUUGGUGGUUGUGGCACAUGAAAUUCAUGUGUUUUCUCCAUGUUACCAGUUUUAGGUUAGAAACUCCUGCUAACUCCGCGUGUGCACAACUUAAGGAAUGAGCUGACCGAUAUAUCGAGCGCCAACCAGGAAGCAGACUUCGUGUGCUACAGUCACUUUACAGGGAUGGCAGACGAGACUCUGUUUGAAUUUCUCCACAUGGAGAUCGUGUCACAUGUUUACAAGGAGCAGCAAUCCAGCAAAGGAACCAUGGACAACAAGGACAGAGCAGUCUGUGUUUCUGUCCUGGAAGGUAUGGGCUUCAGAGUGGGACAAGGACUUAUUGAGAGGUUGACCAGGGACUCUCCCAGCUUUAAGGAUGAAUUGGAUAUAAUGAAAUUUAUCUGUAAAGACUUCUGGACUAAGGUGUUUAGGAGACAGGUGGACAACCUCAGAACAAAUCAUCAGGGGACCUAUGUUCUGCAGGAUAACAAGUUUAAUUUGCUGACCCAGCUGUCCAAUGGAAAGCAGUACCUUGAUCAGGCUCCUAAGUACCUUGCUUUUUCAUGUGGUGUGGUGAGAGGAGCCCUAUCUAACCUGGGUUUGGAGAGUGUGGUAACAGCUGAGGUCUCUGUCAUGCCAUCCUGCAAGUUUCAGGUGGUCAUCCAGAAGUUGCCCUAAUGUUCUGCCCACAUGGUGCCAAAAGAGAAAAUAAUGGUUCCUGUUUUCCCACCGAUGAGUGAAGCCAUAAAGCGAAUCAAACAUCCACAAAAGGGUCCAGCAGGACUGCUGACGUUCUGCUGACCGCCAGGUACAACUGAUUGGUAAAAAGAGGUAGCCAGGACUCAAAUAUAAAUCCUUUUGGAUACUGAUUCUGGUUUUGAAGGUUUUUGCUUAUUUUACAUUCUCAACUCAAGUUAUUUUUUUAUCUGCUAGUUUUAUGAAGAAGCACUGGCUGUCAACUGAAUACUAUGAAGUUAAAGUGAAUGUGUAGUUAUUAACAGGAUAUGUAUUCUUUGUAAUGUGUUGCAG